AUGUUAUUAUCAGACCAUGAUAUCCAAUAUGUCGCACAAAAGGCCAUCAAGGGUAGCAUAUUAGCAGAUCAUCUUGCUCACCAUCCAAUGGAAGAUUACCAACCCUUGAAGUUUGAUUUCCCAGAUGAAGACAUUAUGGUUAUCAAAGACUAUGAGAUUUCUGGACCCGACGAGGAACCUGAAUCAGGGGAGCGAUGCACUCUCAUGUUCCAUGGUGCUUCAAAUGCCAUAGGUCAUGAAGUUGGGGUAUUAUUGAUGUCUCCCAAGAAUUUUCAUCUACCAUUCACUACAAAGCUUUGCUUCACCUGUAUGAGUAACAUGGCUGAGUAUGAAGCUUGCAUAUUAGGACUAGAGAAGGCCAUUGAGUUAAGAAUCAAAUUCUUUGAAGUAUAUGAAGACUCCACUCUAGUAAUACAUCAGAUCAGAGGUGAUUGGGAAACGAGACAUGCUAAUCUAAUUCCAUAUCGGGAUUAUGUGCUGAAGUUACUCCCGAAGUUCGACAAAAUUACCUUUUCCCAAAUUCAUCGAGAAGAGAAUCAGAUGGAAAAUGCUCUAGAAACUCUGGCGUCCAUGUACAAGUGGAUAUGGCCUAAUCAUCAACCUAAUAUUGACAGCAGGCAUUUUGAUGAACAUGUUCAUUGUUUGACAACAAAAGAAGAGUCAUAUGACAAACCCUGGUUCUUUGAUAUCAAACACUAUCUUGAAAAGCAAGAAUAUCCGACAGAGGCUUCCAACCUUGACAAGAGGGCUAUACGGAGGUUGGCAUCCAAGUUCUUCCUAAAUGGGGACGUAUUGUAUAAGAGAAAUUAUGACAUGGUCUUACUCAGAUGUAUGGACAAAUGGGAAGCUAAUAAACUCAUGAAGGAUAUACACAGAGGAUCUUUUGGCACCCACGCAAAUGGACAUGCGAUGGAAAAGAAAAUCCUGAGGGUAGGUUACUACUGGUUAACAAUGGAAAUUGAUUGUUAUCAUUAUGCUAGAACAUGCUACAGGUGUCAAAUUUAUGCUGACAAAAUGCAUGUACCACCUAGCCCUCUGAAUGUCAUAUCAUCACCAUGGCCUUUCUCUAUGUGGGGAAUUGACACGAUCGGGACGAUCGAACCUAAAGCAUCCAAUGGACAUAUGUUUAUAUUGGUUUCCAUAUUCUAUUUCACCAAAUGGGUCGAAGUCGCGUCUUAUGCAAAUGUCACCAAGCAAGUGGUUACUCGUAUCUUAAAGAACAAUAUCAUAUGUCGAUACGGGGUUCCCAAUAAAAUCAUCACUGAUAACGAGUCCAACCUCAACAACAAAACAAUAGAGGAGUUGUACGCAAAAUCAAACACCACAACUCGUCACCAUAUCAGCCCAAGAUGA